GAAAAGAGCGAACGAGCCGUUGGCUCGGUGGUUGGGCUGCUCGGUGGAGCGCCCACCACCCGCGUUCGAGCGCCGCUCGACGCGGGUUUCGCAUUGGGGUUUUAUUCCCCUUUUCCUUCUGUUGCAGCCUCACACGUGAAUGUGCCACAAUGGUCAAGGUGACAUGCUUGUCACGUGCGAAGCCAGUUCACUUCGCAUAUCUCUCAGCCACGUGCAGCCUUUGGGUAUUUGCGUAGAUCUUGUUGUGUGAGUGUGUAGUGUGCGGUGUGGUGGUGUGAGUUUGUGCGUGAGUUCAGACACUACUACUUGUACUUGAAGGGUUGAGGCUUAAAAAGAAAACAAGAAAAUAAAACAAAAGAAAAUAAAAGAAAAGAAGAGGAGAGGAAACAGGUGCGCAUUAUCUCUCUCCCACGGCUCCCACUCCCACCCAUCCAUGGCCGCCUCGGCUCUGCUCCGCCUCCUCUCUCCCUCGUCCCCAGCAUCCCUCCACGCGCGCGCGACGCGCCGCCGCCAUCCCCGCGCCGUAGUACGCUGCUCGUCGCCGUCGCCGGCGUCCCUCGACCUCCCCCUCCUCCCGUUCCAGCCCGCAGAGGUGUUGAUUCCAUCGGAGUGCAAGACUUUACACUUGUAUGAGGCUAGGUAUCUGGCGUUGCUAGAAGAGGCCUUGUAUAGGACAAACAAUUCUUUUGUGCAUUUGGUGCUCGACCCAGUUGUAUCAGGUUCACCUAAAGCUUCCUUUGCUGUAAGACAUGGUUGUUUGGUCCAGAUAGAAAGUGUUGAAAGGCUUGAUAUUGGAGCACUAGUAUCAAUUAGAGGAGUUUGCCGUGUAAACAUUAUCAACCUUUUGCAGAUGGAACCCUACUUGCGUGGUGAUGUUUCUCCCAUUAUGGACAUAUCUUCCGAGAGUAUUGAAUUGGGAUUAAGAAUUUCCAAGCUAAGAGAGUCUAUGUGUAAUUUACACAGUCUACAGAUGAAACUGAAGGUACCUGAGGAUGAACCAUUGCAAACUAACAUCAAGGCCUCCCUGUUGUGGUCUGAAAAAGAAAUUUUUGAGGAGUAUAAUGAAGGUUUUAUCCCUGCGCUACCCGAACGUCUCUCCUUUGCUGCGUACCAGACUGUUUCAGGUAUGUCAGAAGCAGAACUUCUUUCCCUGCAAAAAUAUAAGAUACAAGCAAUGGAUUCAACAAACACUCUUGAAAGACUAAACAGUGGGAUUGAGUAUGUAGAACAUAAUAUUGGUAUGAUCGCUGCAAGACUGGCAAUUCAGAAUAUAUGAUCCUCACUAUGCUGUCACUCAUGUAACAUUAUCAUCAGGGAAGUGAUAUUUACUUAUUUGAUAUAACUGAUCGUGCCUAUGAUGUGAGGUGUAGUUGAAGCAUUUGCAGAGCCAGAAUUUUAAGGAUGGGUAUUGAGUGUACAGAACUAUGUGUAAUGAAAAAAAAAUCAAUUUGCCCUUGGCAGGAAAAAA